GUGCCCAAGGUGCCCAAGAAAGCCACUCUGGAAGAGCCCAUGCCUGUAGCUGCGCCAAAAAAGCCAGAGCCAGCACCAGCCCAAGCACCCGAAGUGCCCAGGAAGGCUACUCGAGAAGAAAAACUACCUGUGGUCACUGCCAAAGCACCUGAGCCUCCCACAGCCAGAGUGCCUGUGAUGCCGGAGGCAGAGGUCCCGGAAGAGGAAGAGGAGGAGGAAGCACCGGAAGAGGCAGUACCAGUGGCAGAGCCUGAAGCGCCAGAAGCUGCUCCAGCUGAAGUGCCUGAGGUGGUUGAGGAGGAGGAGGAGCCAAAAGAAGAGGUUCCAGUGGUUGUUCCCAAGAAGCCUGUGCCAGUCCCCAAGAAACCUGUGCCAGUGCCCAAGAAGCCAGAAGCUCCUGAAGCUAAAGUGCUUAAGGUGCCCAAGAAAGCUGUUCCACAAGAAAAAGAGCCUGUUGCUGAACCCAAAAAACAGGAAUUAUUGCCAGGCAAAGGUAUGUCUAUUAGUGUAUCAACAUAGAAAGAAAUAGCAGACUCUUCUGGUCUUAAAUUGAACUAGUUUAUGAAUCAUAAUCUGAGAUAUAUGUUUAAACAUUAUGAAGUUGAAGGUGGGGUGUUAAAAAAGAGUGAGAAAAGUUAAAUCUUGGUCUGUUAAAAAUCCUGACAACUUCCUGACCUUUCCGUAAUCUUUGGAAAUUAAGAUUUACAAAAUGCUUAGUAUAAAGAGAAUAGCAUGCUGUUCUGAAGAACACCCUGCAGGUACAUCUUCAGUGUAAAACACAUAAAGAAGCAACCUGACAUUUUUUAGUUAUCCAUAUUCAUUUGUGAAUGCAACAGUAUCAGUUCCCCACCUCUUUAAAAGUGGGUAGUUAAUGCUGGUAAACUGGUAGUGGAUUUAUUAGCCAAACAUUGAAUAUAUUUGCUGAUUAUACGAUUAGCACUUGAAAGGCCAUUAAGAUGAGCCGAAAGAGUGAAGAGGAAGUGAACAUUUCUGUAGGAAACAAGAUCUGCAAAGAAGAAACAAACUGUGGAAAA